AUGGCUGUCGAGACGCGGGUGCUGCCCGUCCAGCGGCUCAACCAGGGACCGGGAGACCGAUCUCUCGCGGAGUGGUGGGCAGACGAGCGCAAGAACAAGACCCCCGAGUCCCAAGCUAUUGAAGAAGCCGCGAGCCUUCUGCGCUCGAGUGAUAUCCCUGUUGCAUUCCCUACCGAGACCGUCUAUGGCCUGGGAGCCGAUGCGACCCGCAGCGCAUCCGUUCAAGGCAUCUACCGUGUGAAGCAGCGGCCAUCAGACAACCCCCUCAUUGUCCAUAUCGACUCGUUGGACAUGCUGAAUAAAUUGCUGAAUCCCAGCCACCAAAGUCCUUCGACAGCGAAGACCCCGCCCAUCUCUAUCCCUUCCAUAUAUGAGUCUCUGAUUGCCAAGUUCUGGCCUGGUCCUUUGACCAUCAUCUUGCCCAACCCCUCGGGCUCCGAGCUCGCUCCCGAGGUGACCUCCAAAUUGACCACAUUCGGUGCUCGCAUGCCAUCUUCCCCCCUAGCGCGCCUGCUCAUUCAUGCGGCCGACCGCCCACUCGCGGCCCCGUCUGCCAAUGCCUCCACCAAGCCCUCCCCUACCACUGCCCAGCACGUUUACCACGAUCUCCAAGGCCGCAUUGACUUGAUUCUAGAUGGGGGUGACUGUGGGGUUGGCGUCGAAAGUACCGUCGUCGAUGGGCUCUCCAGUCCACCCGCGAUCCUUCGACCGGGAGGCAUUGGGAUAGAUCAGAUUCGCCAAUGCGCAGGCUGGGAGAACGUUGUAGUUGCCUACCACGACGGCACCUUGGAUGUGAAGGACAUUCCUCGCGCCCCCGGAAUGAAAUAUCGCCACUAUUCUCCCAAGGCGCGUGUCGUGCUAUUCGAACCCAACUCCAGUCCAGAAGGGGUCACCCGGCAUGUGGAGAAGGACCUACAAGAUACUGCGAUCGGGGCGCACAACAUCGGCAUUGUGCGAACUCGCAAUUGGACGCAGGGCCUUGGUCUCGUACCGCCCGAAGUGAUUGCUCGGGCCGUCACGCCUGUCACCGCGGCCAUUGAGAAUCUGGUUUCCUUCCCGGUGCCUGUACAGCAGACGGGGAGCCCCACCAGCAAAACUAAACUGGCGUACGACUACCAUCUUGGCUCUGAUACCAGCUCCAUCGCGCAUGGUCUCUUUGCGGUUCUGCGCGCCCUUGACGAAUUCGAUGUAGACGUGAUCUACAUCGAGGGUAUCUCGGAUGGCGAUGGUGAUUUGGCUGCCGCGGUAAUGAAUCGACUCCGCAAAGCUGCAGGGGCUGAGAUGAAGGUCUAG